UAAUCCGGAUUUUUAUUUUGUUACAUAAAUCGACUGGCUGACUUGAAAGGAUAUAUCGAUUAAUAAGAGAAUAAGCAUAACAGCAAACAUCUGCGAAGACUGAAGUAAUCGUUUGCUGAUGCACAUAGUAACUUUAUUACUACUGUGAAAAAGAAACUACACUUUGAAACACACAGUAUCUAGACUAUGGAUCAUGGUUUUAAGGAAGCAGGAGAUAUUGGCUUAUUGUGCAGCUGGCGUUGCUUUUCACAUGAUUGCAUCUGCAUUCAACUUCUAUUAUGUCAAAGUUUUUAUAAACCACUAUCACAUUGAAGAAACUUGGUUUCAGAUAGCUCAAACCUUUCAUAUGGUCUGGACGUCUGUCAGUAAUCCGUUGUUCGCUUACAUACAAGAUGGGUCAAAGCUUAAAAUAUCAAGAACAAGACGGGAAAGCAUACUGUAUUGUGGUCCUCUGUUUGCCUUCUCAUUUAUUGUGCCUUGGAUUCCAUGGGGAGAAAGUUCAUGGCUUGUUGGUCUUCAUUUAAUUAUGACUUUUUUUCUUUGGGAUACACUGUUUACAUUCAUAGGAUUAGCGGUAUCUUCAUUAUUCACAGAGAUUUCUCGAGAUACAGAAGAUAGAAUAAAGUUGACUCGAUAUGCACAAAUGGCUAGUAUACUUGGUGGUCCAAGCGUUAUGUUACUAGAAUUUACCUCAGACAGUUUGCACAAUUUUAAAGCCUUUCAGAUAACAUCUGUGUGUGUUGCAGUUUGUGCCUGCAGUUUAUUUUACUACUCGGGACUUAAUGCUCAUACGAAAUAUGAUGUUAAAAAAAUAGAAAAAUACGAACUUGCAAAGAACUCGCGUGUAAAUGUUAAAAAGGAACCUUACAAGAAUCAAGUAGGUCAGCUUUUUUAUGACAGGAAUUUCAUAGCAUUCAUCAUAUCAAAUUUUUGUCAUGCAUUCCACAAAACGUUUCUAAACAGCUUCAUUGCAAUUGUUUGUGACCAGUUGAUCUCAGAAGAUGAUGUUCCAUUAAGUGUUCGAAAGUUGUUUUAUGGUGGAGUUUCAUUAAUGUCGACUCUUGUUAUAAUCACAGUAACAACGUUUGUCUCCAGAUAUUCCUACUAUUAUGUGAUCAGGUCUGCGUUUAUAUAUAUCGUUUUUGCGGGAAUUGUAAUGCUCCAUAUAGGACAAGGUCAUCCGUGGUGUCUGAUGGUGUUCUUGUUAGCUGAUAACUGUGCAUCAGGCGCUACAUUUUCACUAUUCAACAUGCCUCUAGCUGAUAUUGCUGAUGAUAACAAAAGCAAAUACAAUAGGAAACAUCCUAUAUCGUCCACUGUAUUUGGAAUAAGUGCAUUGUUGUCAAAACCAGCCAUGUCAUUUUCACCAAUGGUUACUGUUUCAAUAUUAAAUCAUUACGGAUAUGGUGAAUUAAAAAACAAUACAGUGGAAGCUUCACAUGAACUGAAACAUGCCAUGUUUCUGCUUAUAUGCCUGUAUCCAAUAGCUAUAGGAAUAGUGCAACUUAUUGCAUGGUCAUUCUUUGAUAUAAAACAGAAAACAGUACAAAUAAAUGUCUUAUAAAUAUU